UGAUGUCCAAUUUAGUACUGAUUAAGGUUUCAAGUGGUUAUUGGGAAGUCAUCAAUUAAUAAUAUUUAGAAAAAUGAACAGAAUUAUUCUAUUCGCAGCUCUCAGUAUUGGUAUUGCUAGUUGUUAUAUUGCCGAAGCGGAUUAUGGUCCUAAACUGCAAAAGUUGGCCAAAGAAACUCAUGAAAAUUGCUUUGAAAAGACUGGUGCUACACGAGCAGAAAUAGAAAGAGUUCAGCAAGGAAAAUUUGAUGAUGAUUUGAAAAUUAAGGAAUACACUAGAUGUUUGUGGUUGUACACCAAAGCGAUCAAUGAAAAUUUUGAACUCAAUGAGAAAUUAUUGGAUGAAACUUUACCUGAGAAAAUCAAAGACGAGCAACUCAAUGUUAUAAAGGAAUGUCGUGAAGAAAUUAUAUCAAAAGCCUCGACCGAUCUUACUUUAUUAGAUAAGACGUACGCAUUAACGAAAUGUCUUUAUGAUAAAAAACCUGAGAAUUGGUUCUUCUUCUAAUUUCGUCAGAUCGAGGAAGUUAUACAAAUUUGAACAUCAACCUGGACUACCCAUAUUUUUACAUGAUUUCUUAUACUUAUAAGAUGAAUAAAUCAAACUUUUGUUAUUUCAAUUUCCUUACAAAUAAAUGACCUGAAUAAUAGUAA